AUGAAUUUAAAAAAAGGAAAAGCCAUACCUACUUAAACACUAAGUCUUACCCUCUAAAAUCAACUACCACAAAUACAAACACAGUCUAUAAAUUAAACUAAUAAUCAAAUUUAAGCUAUUUAAUCAGCUAAAUAACCUCCAAAACCAUAGAAAAUGUUUUCUGAUUACAUGAAAUAAUUAAUGCAAAAUCCUGAAACUAAGAAAAUAUAUGAUGAGGCAGCUAAUAAUGUUGUUGUCUUUUAAACAGAAGAGCCAAAAUAAUAAUUUUAAUAAUAAUCAAAACCUUUUUCAAUUAAACAAUCUUAAACUUCUAACAGUUUCGCAUCUAAUAGUAAUUCAAAUAAAAAACCAUUUAAUUAAUUUUAUGAAUAAUCUAAAAUUAGAACUGUUAAUGAAUCUAUUCCAAGACCUUAAUCUGAGAAAAGACAAUAAGAAAAUUAAAGUUAUGUAUCUACUUAAAAAUCAGAAGAUGUUUCAAAUGAUAUUGAAAUUAAAAGUGUUAAAUCAGAUGCAUUUAGCAUUUCUAAAUCUUCGUAAGAUCUACCUAAUUCUAAUUCGAAAUAUGUUUAAAAAAAAAGACAAGAAAUAAAUUUUGAUUCUGAUAUUUGGGUUAAAAAAGAAAUUCCUUAAUAUAAACUAUAAAAUAAAGAAUACAAACAAAUAAUGAAUCAAGUUGAAUAACUUGUCUAAUCAAGAGAAUAAUCAAGACAAAAUUAAUUAAAACAACUAGAAGGAUUUAAUGCUAGUAGAUAAACUACUAGAACUCAAGCUAAAUAAUAAAUUAAUGAAGAUACAGAAUUAGAAAAUGAAAUUCAAAUGUUAGCUAUAGAAUUAGAUUAAGUUGAAUAAAUUGAGUUAGAAUAAAAAACUAAAAAUGAUAUUUAAAGAUUUCAAUAAUUACUAGAAUAACCUUUAGAAAAUGAUUCCUAAUUCUCUUAAAUGUCUCUUAAACAAAGAUCUAUGUUUAUUACUGAAUUACUUAGAAAUAGAGAAUAAUUUAAAGCUAAAAUUACCGGAUAAUAACAAGAAGCUGAUUCAUCUUAUAAAUUUUAAAAAUUUGACACAUAAGAAUAAUAGGUUGAAUAAAUUGAAUAAAAAAUUGAAAAAUAAUAAGAAAAAUUAGAAAAUAUUACCCAAUUUAAGUUGCCUAAUGAAUAUUAAUUAAGAUUAGAAUCAUUAUUAUUAGAUAUUGAUAAUCUUAAACAAAAUUCAUCUAAAUUUUAUACUAAUCCAUUUUAAAUUCCUAAAGAAAAACUAUAAGAUAUUCAUAAAAAAAUUAAAAAACUUAAUCCUAAAUUUAUUGAAGAUGCAGAUUUAGAAUUUGAUAAAAAUUGUAUGUUACCAAAAGAUCCUAUGUUAAGGAAGGAAGCUAUUGAAAGGAUCUUAGAAACUAAAACUUAAGAAGUCAAUUCAGAAAUCUUUAAAUUAGUUUCUAAAGGAAAUAGUUUAGAAGAAAGACCAAAGAUGUAACAAUUGAUUGAAUAAAUUAAAAAAAAAACUUAAUAUACACCAAGUGAAUUCUUAAAACAAAAGAUGUAACAAUUUGAUGAUCUAUAAAAAAAUAUUUAAAAUUCUGCAAAAGAACUAACUACAAUGUAAUGCAAUUCUAUUUUAAAUGAAUUCACAGAAUAUAAGAAAUAGUUAGAUAUAGCAAUCAAAUAAAAUUAUGAAUUAUUAUAUUCCAGUAAAGAAUAAGAUCUCUCAAAUGAAUUAGAAGUCUUACAUGAGUAUUAAUAAAAAGUGAAAAAUAUUUAAAAUGAAUAUGAAUAAGUUUAAGAAUUUAUAGAAAAGUUUACGAUUGAUAAUUAAUUGCCUGUUAUUUAAGAAGAUGAUGAACUAAAUGAAAAUGUUCAAAUCUAAAUUUAAUAGUAAACUUAACCUCUUUAAACAAUUGAAGAAUUAGACCUAGAAAUUACAAAAAAAGUGAGAGAAUAACAUCCAGAACUGUUUGAAGAAUGA